GACGAACGUCGACAACAGCUACGGCAGCGUUUGGAUGAAACUGAACGCGUUAACGCUACAUCAGCUGAGGAAGAAUCGCCGGCGUCUAAGCUACACCGUAAGAACCGAAGGAAUCAGGCACAGAACUGA